CCGGCGGCGGAAGCGGGGCCGGGCGCUCCCGGGGAGCGGAGGGGACAGGGCAGCCGUGGCAGCUCCCCGGCGGGCUGGGCUGGGGGCCGGAGCCCCUUCCCGAGUAGCUGGUUGAUACUUACUUAUUAGUGCUUUCUGCCUGUCCCAUCUCAGCACUUUGGCUAUUUUGGCUGGUUUUGGUGGUGUUGGGGUGUUUUUUCUCCUUUUUCGUUUGCUUUUGGCCAAGCGGAAAGGAGGAUGGGGUUCGAGCUGGAUCGCUUCAACGGGGACGUGGAUCCCGACUUCAAAUGCAAUCUGUGCAACAAAGUUUUGGAGGACCCGCUGACCACCCCCUGCGGUCACGUCUUCUGCGCCGGCUGCGUGCUGCCCUGGGUGGUGCAGCAGGGCAGCUGCCCCGUCAACUGCCAGCGCAUCUCCACCAAGGAGCUCAACCACGUCCUGCCCCUCAAGAGCCUUAUUCUCAAGCUGGACAUCAAGUGCGACAACCACGCUCGGGGCUGCGAGGCAGUGGUGCCUCUGCAGCACCUGGGCGAGCACGCCGAGACCUGCGACUUCUCCCCGGCCAAGUGCCGCAACCGCGGCUGUCGCCAGGUUCUCAACCUCCGCGACGUGGAAGCGCACAUGCGGGAGCGCUGCGAGGCGCGGCCCGCCGGCCUCUGCGAGCAGGGCUGCGGCUUGAUGCUGACCCACGGCGAGCGGCGGGCCGGCGGGCACGGCUGUCUGCGCGCCCUUCGUGCCCACGGCGCCGCGCUGCAGGCGCGGGCGACUGCGCUGGAGAAGGCGCUGAAGAAGGAGGCGCUGCGCGCAGGCAAGCGGGAGCAGUCGCUGCUGUCGCGACUGGCCGCGGCGCAGCUGGAGCUGCAGGUGACGGCGCUGCGAUACCAGAAGCGCUUCACGCAGUACAGCGCCCGCCUCGACGCCCUGGCCCGUGCCCGCGCCGCCUCCCCCGGCAAGGGUGAAGAAACUAAAGCCCUGACUCUCAUCCUUCAUCGUGACUCUGGCUCUCUUGGAUUUAAUAUCAUUGGUGGCCGACCAUGCAUGGACAACCAAGAUGGUUCAUCUAGUGAAGGAAUUUUUGUAUCAAAAAUAGUGGACACGGGCCCGGCUGCUAAGGAAGGAGGGCUACAAAUUCAUGACAGGAUUAUUGAGGUCAAUGGGAAGGAUUUAUCUAGAGCAACACACGAGCAGGCAGUGGAAGCAUUCAAAACAGCCAAGGAGCCCAUUGUGGUGCAGGUCCUGAGAAGAACUCCACGCACCAAAGCCUUCACCUCUCCUCAUGACUGUCAGCUGGUUGAUGUGGGCACCCAGACAGAUAUCACUUUUGAACACAUCAUGGCUCUGAGCAAGAUGGGCUCACCUACUCCACCUGUCUCUGUGCUAGACCCAUACCUCCUGCCUGAAGACCAUCCAUCAGUGCAUGAAUAUUAUGACUCAAACGACUACAUGGGAGGAAUUCAUCAAGAAAUGGACCGAGAUGAGUUGGAAUUAGAGGAAGUGGAUUUACACAGAGUGAACAGCCAGGACAAGCUUGGCCUUACUGUAUGCUACAGAACAGAUGAUGAAGAUGACAUGGGUAUUUAUGUGAGUGAGAUUGAUCCCAACAGUAUUGCAGCAAAAGAUGGUCGGCUCCGAGAAGGGGAUCGCAUUAUCCAGAUCAAUGGCAUAGAGGUACAGAACCGAGAGGAAGCUGUGGCACUUCUCACCAGGGAGGACAGCAAGAACAUCUCCUUACUUGUUGCAAGACCAGAAAUUCAGCUGGAUGAAGGAUGGAUGGAUGAUGACAGAAAUGAUUUUCUGGAUGACUUGCACAUGGACAUGUUAGAGGAACAGCACCACCAGGCAAUGCAAUUUACUGCCAGCAUGCUUCAGCAGAAGAAGCAUGAGGAGGAUGGAGGUACCACAGACACAGCCACUGUGUUAUCUAACCAGCACGAGAAGGACAGCGGUGUGGGGCGCACAGACGACAGCACUCGCAACGAUGAGAGCUCGGAGCAGGAGAACAAUGCUGAUGAUCACACCACCUCCUCCAACACUUUAGGGAGCCAGAAGAAGCUGACCUACAGUCACGACACCCUGGGAAGUGGCGACAUGCAGUUCAGCAACGAGUCCUUUAUCUCGGCCGACUGCACAGAUGUCGACUUCCUCGGCAUCCCUGUAGAUGAAUGCGAACGGUUCCGAGAACUGCUGGAACUGAAGUGCCAGGUGAAGUCUGCCAGCCCCUACAGUCUGUAUUACCAUAACAGCACACUGGACAUGAGCAAAAGCGACCAAGAAAGUGUUGACAAAGAGCUGGAGAUGCUGAACGAGGAACUGCGCAACAUCGAGCUGGAGUGCCUGAACAUUGUAAGAGCUCACAAAAUGCAGCAGCUGAAGGAUCAGUACCGGGAGCCCUGGAUGCUACACAACAGCGGGUUCCGAAACUACAACACAAGCAUCGAUGUCCGCAGGCACGAGCUCUCUGACAUCACGGAGCUCCCCGAGAAGUCUGACAAGGACAGCUCCAGUGCCUACAACACAGGCGAGAGCUGCCGGAGCACACCACUGACGCUGGAGAUCUCCCCUGACAAUUCUCUGCGCAGAACUGCAGAAGGCGUUAGCUGUCAAGGUAGCGAGGGGGCAGUGGCGUAUAAUGUCUCCCAAAAGAAUUUAUUUGCUAGCUCAGAAAGUCACGAAUCCAGCACUGCUAAGUGCCACGCCUCUGCUAAAGAUCCCGACCUUGCCAAGCAGCUGGAAAGCAAGGAAAGGAAAGCCAGUGAUGGAAGCAAAAGCCCUACUCACGGUCAAAAACCUUCUGGCUCCUAUGUGUCCCCGUACCAUCACUCUCCAUACAAACACGCUCAUAUUCCUGCCCAUGCACAGCACUAUCAGAGCUACAUGCAGCUGAUCCAGCAGAAGUCAGCAGUGGAGUAUGCACAGAGCCAAAUGAGCCUGGUGAGUAUGUGCAAAGACUUUAAUUCAGGCCAGAGCGAACCCAGGAUGGAGUGGAAAGUCAAGGUCAGAAGCGAUGGGACCCGCUACAUUACCAAGAGGCCAGUCAGAGACAGACUGCUGAGAGAACGUGCCAUAAAGAUUAAGGAGGAGCGCAGUGGAAUGACUACCGAUGACGACGCCAUCAGUGAAAUGAAGAUGGGCCGUUACUGGAGCAAGGAGGAGCGGAAGCAGCAUCUAGUGAAAGCCAAGGAGCAGAGGAGGAGGCGUGAGUUUAUGAUGCAGAGCAGGUUAGAUUGCUUAAAGGAACAGCAAGGUGCAGAAGAAAAGAAAGAGAUGAAUAUUAUUGAACUAAGCCACAAAAAAAUGAUGAAGAAGAGAAAUAAAAAAAUAUUUGACAAUUGGAUGACAAUCCAGGAACUGCUAACCCACGGAACGAAGUCACCGGACGGCACGCGGGUGUACAAUUCCUUCCUGUCAGUGACUACUGUGUAAUCACCGUUGCUAAAUUAUGUACAUAAACCACUACCAUUGGGGUAGGAAUCAACGCCUCAUUCAAUGUGGCAAGAGUUUUGUAAAUAAGAUACAGCCAUCGAGUUUAUGGUUCAAAUACUGAACGCUACAACUGUGGGUGCCAGGAUCUCCAUGCUGACGUGGAGAGGCAGCUUGCCCAUCUCCUUUCAAAGGCAAUAUCAGCAGUGCUUUUUGGAAUACUGAUUAUACUUUUUUUACUUGUUACCUUUUACAUGAAGUGGUGAGAUAUCAGACAUGUAUUAACCAUACUUACACAGGAAAUUUGCUUAAACUAUACUCAUUUUGAAAAGGUACCCAUGCUUCUCUUUACCUAAAAGAAAGAUGCAAAAAUCCCCACAAGAGUAACUGCACCUACGUAUUUUUUGUGAAACCAUAUUUUGUGCUAUUAUUUUGCUGCUGUUCACUUCUACACAGAGUGCUGUUUAUCAAUAUUUAGCUCAAGGUUUAAACUCAGAAUUAGAGUCAUUCUCUUGUAAUAUUUAACAUUUAUCAGACAGCAAUUUUUAGAGUUAUGCUCAACAUGUAAACAUUUUUCUUUGUAAGGUUUCUGAAGCAAGCAUAUAGGUUUCAUCUGAAAAGCCUGAAGCAAAGUACACUAUAUUGCAGCUUUAAAGGAUUUUAAAGCAUAUUUGCAAAUGUUGCAACCUAUUGGACAAUGUGCAUGUACAGCUAAUUGGUUUCAAUAAGACAGUUUGUGGAAUUGGAAAAGCCCAUGGUAGUAACUGUUUGCUUUAUAGAUUUGAAUGUAUUGAAUUACAAAAGCAGUUCCAUGAAAUCAUCAUUAGCUACAAACGUUAACAAGCAAAAUGAAGUAAAAUAAAUUAUUGUUUUAUAUUUCAAACUAUUCUAACUUCUUUUGACUCCCUUCUGGUUUCAACACAGACAGUAUUCAGUUCUUGAGUGUAGCUCUUGCGCUGCACGAACGCCUGGAGGGCCUGCUGGAGUCAAACCUAACAAUAAUCUCCAUCCUGACUUUGAGGGGGAAUUUGGAUUGAGAUUUCCUUGAGGGAAGAGGCAAGAGAAAGUACAAGAAUUAGCAAAAGUAGAAUCAAGUAAUGCAUGGCUUCAACUCACAAGGCAUUUAAGGUGACCUGCGAGAAAGAAAUAAGACUUCUCUCCUGUUUUGCUUUGCUUUGUGGUUUCUUAGUGGUAUUUAAAACCCACAUACAAAUUUCAGUGUGGGUUCACAUUAAGAACAGGCAAUACAGAAAUUGAAGCAUAUAUUAAUUAAAUAAAUAUAUAAAUUAAGAGAUGGUGAAAAAGACAAAAACUAAAGGUCACAGAAGUAUCACACUCCUUUUCUUGUUUUUAAUUUCUAAUUAAGACUUCAGAUAUAAAUGGGAGUAUUCUGCUGGAUUAAAUAAUGCAGACUCAUUAUGGAUAGCCCACCAGGUUCUCCAUCCCUCCCUUCCUUUUCCCUUGCCCACACAGAAAAUUUGCUCCCAAACCCUUCUAAGCUUUUAUUCUGGAUUCUUCCAUCAUAACUCUACAGAACAAAAGGUAUAAUCUUAACAACAGGAGUGACAAGUUGGAAGGCAAGACGUGGUCAGCUUCCCAAUGAAUAUUUUGUCUAUAACCAAGAAGCAAACAAGAGACUUGUUUGGAGUUUGUUCCACUCCCUUUGUAGACUAGCACUGAAUGUGUGUCUACCAUAUUGCACUGUACCCAAAAAAUGCAUCUUCAGCCCAUGAAAAUCACUGCCCCUUGAAAUCCAGCACUCAUGGCAAUAAGCCUCUGUAAAUUUAUCUUCAAAUGAUAUUUUCCUUAGGGAUAAAGCACUUGUGUUGCUGUAGGCUAUGAAGGAUUUUCUGUUGACUUUGUUAGAGCCAAGAUCUCACCUACUGCCAGCCACUAUCAUCACAAGGGGUACAGCAGGGAAAAUGUAUGAUUUCAACAAAAUAGUGCUUUCAGCAGAAGACAUUUCCUCUCUGUGUCUCAACACUGUUCUGCUCAUCCCAACUGUAGGUGUGAGAGCCACAUCGAAAUAUUGUUUCUCCUAAAGUUCAGAUACUGAGAUCCACAGGCAGAGCUAUGGUUAGUGUGGAAUUACAGUGCUUAAACCAGGCAGGAGAAGAGAGUUAAGCCAUCUUUAGUCAACCUGGUAUUAUUGAAAUACUGAAGUAAGAUGUGACAUGCUCUAAUGAGGAAGAACUAUCUUCAGGGUGUUCCUCAUAAAUACAGGCUACUUUGGAAUAUCUUCAUAGGUGACAGCUCCUUUAGGCAUCAGUUGUAUAAAUGCAGAGCAUUGUAUGCAUGUGUGUAACAGCUGAAACUCAACUGUGAUGUAUAGAACUUACACCAAAGCAUCAACAGUAGAAAAUAUACAUUCUUUUAAGAUGUUGAAAUAAAAUGA